GAUUGGUUUUUAGAAGUCACGCUGACGGCUGUGAUUGGUCGUUCUCUCUGCAGUGGGUGUGAAGGGUAGCGACUGUGCUCGCACACUAUUGCCGGGCUGUCAGACAGUGAUUCAGUGGAUUUCGGCGACUGUAGCAAUGGAACCUGCCCAGGGUCCUCAUUUGGUCCGGCUGUAUGUGUAUGACCUGUCCCGCGGCUUGGCUCGCCGUCUUAGUCCUAUCAUGCUGGGAAAACAGUUGGAAGGAAUCUGGCACACUUCCAUCAUAGUAUUUGAUGAAGAAUUCUUUUAUGGCGGUGGAGGGAUCACCAGCUGUUUGCCAGGAGGAACAAUGUUGGGUGAACCCGACUCAGUGGUGGAGCUUGGCAAUACUGAGGUAACAGAAGACAUUUUCAUGGAAUAUCUAUCCUCCCUGGGGGAGUCUGGGUUCAGUGGGGAGUCCUACCACCUGUUUGAUCACAACUGCAACACUUUUAGCAAUGAAGUUGCUCAGUUCUUGACUGGAAAAAAAAUUCCUUCAUACAUAACAGAGCUGCCAUCUGAAGUUUUGUCCACACCCUUUGGGCAAGCUCUUCGGCCUUUACUGGACUCUGUUCAAAUCCAGCCUUCUGGUGGGAACAGCUUUAACAGGCACAGCGGACCAAGUUAAUCACUGCAGUGCCAUGUGCCAGUGGGGGCAGUGCCCUCGCUUUUUAAUUUAACAGCAUUUUUUAGUAUCUGUUUUAACCAUAAGUGUUUCUUUUGUUCCAUUUCAAGGACAUAGAGCCAUAUAACUCUUUUUUAUUACUUAUAUCCCGUCACUUUAAAUAAUCUAUGUAAUGGUGCAAUUUAUUUCUAAAUAAUAUAUAGGAAUCAAAAUUAUUUAAAAAAUAACCCAUCUCACGAGGGUAUUAUUUUUGUAUGCAUUGGUUAAAUACAGUUUACUUGUCAUUAUAAUGACACACAACUUUGCAUUUCUGUCAAAGACAGAGAAGGCCAAGCUGUUGUUGAAAUUAAUUAAGACAUUUUCUUCUUAAAGGUAGACAGCUAAUGUAUAUGGGCAUCCUUGCACAUUUUAGAUCAGCAGGGCCACUAUGCGUAAUUAUGAGGCCACAUAUAAGUUAGCAGGACCCUCCCUUGCAGGGGGAUCCAAUUACUAGCCCACUGGUCACGUAGGCACCAUUGGUGAUAAGCCCUAACAAGAAGUAAAAUGGACCCGAAUAAAAAAACUCUGCAUACUCCCUGUAAUCCCCACCCCUUUAUUAACUAUUGUUAGGGCCCCCUUUGUCAUGGGGUCCCUGACUGCAGUACUAAUUAAUUGCAUUAAUUAACUGCAUUCAUUUUUACAAGUGAUAGUUGGAGGGUUAAACUGGAUUCUUCACUUCUAAUGGUUCUUUAGCAGUGUACUGGAAAGCCCAUAGCUCAUAAAUAAGCCCAGAUCUCUUAUUUAAUUUGUACAGGGAACUUCUGAACUUUACCCUUUCAGAGUCAAAACAUAAGAUAUGUGGAAACAACAGAUCUUCAGAAUGUUGUACCACAGGUCCCUGGGGGUAUUGUUUCUUUGCAGAUUAACAUUUUAUCAGUCUUUCAAGGACACCUGGUUAAUGUGUUUGUGGCAAGAAACAAUUGUAAAGUCUGACUGUCUUUGGUCAA